UUGUCGUCCAUGUAAAUAAUGUGGAUUUGGUAACUUAAAAUCGACUCAUUGCUUUGUUAUUCAGUCGGGAUCGGUCGUGCAUCUGCUAGGAGAGCUCCUUGUGCCAGGAUAAUUUUGAGUACUGCGAAGUUCACGAUGAAUGUAAACCAGAGCACAGUGGGGAGUGAUCCAGUGAUCCUGGCCACAGCUGGAUAUGAUCACACAGUCAGGUUCUGGCAGGCGCACAGUGGCGUCUGCACCAGAACUGUACAGCACCAGGACUCUCAGGUGAAUUCUCUAGAAGUAACACCUGAUAGGAGCAUGAUCGCUGCUGCUGGAUAUCAGCACAUACGCAUGUAUGACCUCAACUCCAACAAUCCAAAUCCUGUAAUCAAUUACGAUGGCGUUAGCAAAAACAUCACGUCGGUCGGCUUCCAUGAAGAUGGCAGAUGGAUGUACACUGGAGGAGAGGACUGCAUGGCACGCAUCUGGGAUCUACGAUCGAGAAAUCUACAGUGCCAAAGGAUCUUUCAGGUCAACGCACCCAUUAAUUGUGUAUGCCUUCAUCCCAACCAGGCUGAAUUGUUUGUUGGGGACCAAAGUGGUGUAAUCCAUAUCUGGGAUCUUAAAACAGACCAUAAUGAGCAGCUUAUCCCAGAGCCGGAUGUGUCUAUUAACUCGGUUCAUAUUGAUCCUGAUGCCAGCUAUAUGGCCGCCGUUAAUAGCAUGGGUAAUUGUUAUGUGUGGAAUAUGGCUGGAGGAAUUGGUGACGAGGUUACGCAGCUUAUUCCCAAGACCAAAAUCCCUGCUCACAAGCGUUAUUCUUUGCGCUGCAAAUUUAGCCCUGACUCCACAUUGCUGGCCACCUGCUCAGCAGAUCAAACAUGUAAGAUCUGGAGGACCUCAAACUUCUCUCUGAUGACAGAACUGAGCAUUAAGAGCAACAAUCCCGGAGAAACCUCUCGUGGCUGGAUGUGGGACUGUGCCUUCUCUGGAGACUCGCAGUACAUUGUUACAGCCUCUUCAGAUAACCUGGCACGUCUGUGGUGUGUGGAGACCGGGGAGAUCAAGCGCGAGUACAGCGGCCAUCAGAAAGCUGUGGUGUGCUUGGCUUUUAAUGACAGUGUGCUCGGCUGAUUCAGGAAGAAAAUUCUUGCCACCGUAUCUCAAAGCAGAAAAAUGAACGAGAGUGUUUAACAAAAGCUACUACAGAUUACAUUAGCCUGAUUUCCUACACCACAGCGGAAUGACACAGAAUGUCUAGCUCGUACACACAAGUGUUUGGUACGCCGGGCUGCACAGGUACCAAAUUAAUGAUAAAUGUGAUCAUUUGUAAUUGAUGUUAUACUGUGUACUUGUAUUUGUAAGUUUAAUAGAAAUGGCAUCACACCAGAUAAACAUUAGUGACUUAUCAAAUGCAUUAAACAGUAUUCAAGUGGAACAUAAGGACACAUGCAAGACUUUCUAAAUCAUUUGAGCAUCUUUUUAGUGUAGCAUUGUUUUGUUGGGCAUGUUUAAUAUAAAACAAUCCUGCUAAAUGUAUAGCAGUAAAAUGCCACCUUCAGUAAUGCCAUGGAGUCAGGAUUUGUAGUAAAGUACAAAUAAUUUUGUAGCCCUUUAAUAUUGUCUAUACAUUUUAUAUAGAAAUUGGGUAAUUAAAAAUGUUUAAGUGCAGAGUUCGCGGUACAAUAAAAUUUUAUAAUCCGUGUGGUAAAUAAAUUAUGAAAACAAUUCACUAAGAUUUGUUAUUUGAAUUGCCCUCACCACCAACACUGCUGUGCAGAUCUUGUACACAUCUGUAUAUAACUGCAGUUUUGUAAAUAUGAAGUAUACCAAUAAAACACAAGGACUUAUAAGACUGGGUCUGCCAGUAACAGCCCAGGUAUACUGUUUUCUAUUCAUUAAUUUUCCUUUUUUCAUCAGUAGGGUCCAAUUGGAACGUAUCUCGUCACUGAUGCUACCCCCACACAAACUGAAGAGGUCUGUGGUUGUCAUGUAGCAACUUCAACACAUUUACAGCCACUUAUCAGUUCCUUUUGCAGCCACCCACAGUGCAAGUGCCUCGACCCGCUGGCAAAGACCGUAAUUUCAGCAGCGAUGAGAGACCCUUCUUUGACCGUGUCCCUCCCCUUAAAGACACACUGCCAAUCACGCACGUGUGUAUAGGCACCUUGUUGGUCGAUACCACAGCUGGGAUUCAAACUUACGAGCUCGACAUGCCAGUGGUGGUGGGCAGCUAUCAUCUAUCUACCACAGUGGUAUUCACUUAUAGAUUCCUUUAUUAUUAAAAUGAGGCCUAUUCCUAAUUCCUAGUCUGUGAAUAUUGAUUAUUAGUUAUCAUGAACCCAGAUCAGCAAGCUCAUUUGUGUGAUGUGUCAAAUAUAAGUAUUGUGCAUGCCCUGCAGUAGAUUGGUGCUUUGUAUAUGCUUUAUUUUUACUUUAUUUUAAGAUAAACUAAUAUAAUUAUGGGGAUUCUCUGUCAGAAAACCAAUGAUCUACCAAAUUGUGUUGAAUUUUGAAUUAUGAAACAGUUCCCUGUUACCUGAAUUCUGUCGGAUGUAUUUUUAAUACAUUUCCUAAUAUAAUUUAAAAAGGCCUUUUUCAAACUAAAUUGAUAGUUUUUUUGUAAGUUGGCAGUGUAGUGGUGUAGGUCUGAUUAGGAUUCAGGGAAACAGGACAUUAAACCCAAAAAGUUCAGAAUGAUAAGCAGUACAGAAGAACAGCUCUGGUAAGAGCUUCUCUCAUGUCUGUCCCAUUUUAUGACCUUUAUUGUUAGAAAACAGCUAUAUGCUUAUUGUUUGUCUUUUCUUUGAUUAAAUAUUGAUUCAAUUAAACAA